CUCCUUCCUUUUCCAACCCACCUAUCUCAAUUCUGAAUUCUCACGCUACCAAAAAAAAAUAGACCACCGGCCGCACGCCUGCACGACGACGCACGCCGACCAGGCGACCACCGCCGCACCGCGCCGCACGCCCGCAGUCCUCCGACCACUCGACAAGCCAUCGCACAUCAGUGACCUGUAACCUGGUGCCACAUUCACCCUUAAGGAAUAAGGAUUGCUGCGUUGGUUUUGCAAAAAACGGACAGCCAGAGCUCUGGGCUUGUGGUUGUGAAACUUCUAGUUUCUCGAAUUGAAGACGAGUCACGGAUUUCCACUGGUCCAAUGAAGAUCCAGAAAGCCAAUGCUGGUCCUCUUACUAACUUUGAAGUGGUCGACUUUCUACGAUCUAGAGGGGCUUCAAAGGAUCCUACUCGGGUUAUGUCUUUGUUAACACCAUCCGAGUUCAAGGUGUAUGAUUAUUUGGUUGAGAGUGCUGCUUGUAAUCAGACUAGAGAAAGUAUUGAUAACUUUCUAGAGAAAUCUGAAGAGUUCCAGCUAGCAAAAGCUGAGGUGAUCAACAUCAUUAACAUUCGACCUGCUUCUGCUGUUGAAGUUGCCCCGAUCAUAGAAUCGAUGGAAGAGCGCAAUUUUGAUGAGGACGGACUGGACAAGAUGGUGGAGUUGGUAGUUCAGGUGCUGCCACCCCAUCCGAACCAGCAAAAUAUGGACGACGAAGCUGCUGAGGAUGAUGGUGAACAAAAUGCUGACAUGGAGGAUGGUGAACAAGAGGCUGACGUGGAUAAUGCAGAAGAGAUGGACGCAAGCUGAUAUUUGUUACAGGCUAUAUAAAUUUGUGCAGAUAAUAUGAGAUAUCACUUCAUUUCUAGUUUAAAAGGAAAUGAACAUUAUUUUUGGCUUUCACCUCUUGUUAGUUGUUACUGUCUUUGAGUUAAUCAUUGUGAUAGAGUUGAAACCUUGGUUAGUUCGACCAACUAAGCCCAUCUCGGUCAGGCCUACCUGCAGGCCCAUCUCGAUCAGGCCUACCUGCAGGCCCAUCUUGAUCAGGCCUAUUUGCAAGACCCAUCUUGUUGAACAAUUAGGAAGUAGCCAGAAGUGUAAAGUUCUUGACAAAAAGUGCAUAGCAUGGCAUUUUGUCAAUGAAGUAAGGCUUUGUUCUUUUGAAAUUUGAACUGAUAAUAAAAGUUCGAUUCAGUUCAGACAAAUUCAAUUCAUUUAAGUUAAUUUACUCCCACGGUUUUAAUUCA